UAAUAACCGCGCGCUCACGGCUUCUGACGGUGGCCGCUGCGUCUGCGUACGGGGAGCUGGUUGCCGCUGCGGCCGCCUGGAAUUGUGGGGGUUGUGUCUGCCCCUCGGCUGCCGGGCUGGAAGCCGAAGAAGUCACCCUCUCCUUACCCAGAGAGCUUGCUGGAGCUGCAUUCCCACUCUGGAUAGGAAGGUGAUGGUGAAGGUGUGAGGAGCAGAGCUGGAGAUGAGCUGGAGCAGAGAUGACCCACAAAGACAGCACUGGGAUUCAUAUUUGUCUGCCCAAAUUAGGCAGUGAGCUUCUAUUUGUGUAGAGGCCCCUAAUUAUGCCUCACCAGGGCCUGCUCCUAUUUAGGAUGGCUCCUCUGGGCAUGCUGCUCGGCAUGCUGAUGACCUCCUGCUUCACCUUCUGCCUCAGUCAUAAGAACUCGGAGUUUGCCCUGACCAACCCAGAGGAGAGCAGCACCAAAGAAACAGAGAGAAAGGAAACCACAGCAGAGGAGGAGCUGGAUCCCAAGGUCCUGGAGGUGUUUCACCCUACCCAUGAGUGGCAGGCACUUCAGCCAGGUCAUGCUGUUCCUGCAGGAUCCCAUGUGCGGCUGAAUCUCCAGACUGGGGCAAGAGAAGUGAAACUCCAAGAUGAGGACAAGCUUCGAAAUAAUUUGAAAGGGUUGAAAAAAGGCACAAGGCUGGACAUCAACACCAAUACCUAUUCAUCUCAGGACCUCAAGAGCGCACUGGCAAAAUUCAAGGAGGGGGCAGAUAUGGAGAGUUCAAAGGAAGACAAGGCAAGGCAGGCCAAAGUUAAACGGCUGUUCCGUCCCAUUGAGGAGCUGAAGAAGGACUUUGAGGAGCUGAAUGUUGUCAUUGAGACUGACAUGCAGAUCAUGGCACGACUGAUCAACAAGUUCAAUAGUUCCAACUCCAGCCUGGAAGAGAAGAUUGCGGCACUCUUUGAUCUUGAAUAUUAUGUCCAUCAGAUGGAUAAUGCACAGGACCUGCUUUCCUUUGGUGGCCUUCAAGUGGUGAUCAACGGGCUGAACAGCACAGAACCCCUGCUGAAGGAGUAUGCUGCGUUUGUGCUGGGGGCUGCCUUUUCCAGAGUGGCUGAAAAGAAAGGAUGACUGCCUGAGCAGUUA